AUGGAAGAAUCCACCUUCUCUGAAACCUUCAGGCUUGCUCCUGAUCUUCAUCAAGAGUCUUGGGACCCUAGGAUAAUCAUUGCUUUAUUUGAAAUUGGCUCAAUAUCCCUUUUCUUCUGGAGUUCACUCCUUUCCCUAAAGAAGACUAGCAAUCAACUAUCUGAACAAGUGACUGCACAAAACUUUGAAAAUGUCUUAAACAAAAUUGAAGGUAUCCUUAAAAAUAUGACAGGUUUUGAAAAGACCACAGAAGAAAAAGACUCUUUUGAGGACACCAGUGUUUCUGAUGAUGUGUUGGAACUUAAAGAAAAAAUCAAAGGACUUGAUGAGAUAAAUAAAAGACUAUUUAAAAAUCUGCUUGGUAGCUUAUAUCCAGAGGAAUUCCUGAAUGUAAAGAAUCAGGAAAAGAUAUUUGAAAACUCAAACUCCAAGGACAUGGUACAAGUUUUUGCAAGGGAUUUGGUAAAGCAUUCAGAAGAAAAAAGAGCCCUUAGUGAAACUCAGCUGAGUAUAGAAAAAGCAAAAAAUAGAUUACUUCAUGCUCAAGAAAAUAUCAAACUUAGAAACAAUAUGGAGCAGUUACUACAGAAAGCAGAACACUGGAGUGAACAACAUACUGAGCUCAGUGGGCUAAUAAAAUCGUAUCAGGAAUCCCAGCAGGCUUUAAAAGAACUUUUUGAAAAUCAUGGAAUCCAUUUCCAAACACAGCCAAAUAACAAGGUAUCAUCUAGUCGUAAGAUGGCAGAACAAGUUAGGAAAUUGGAACAUGACACUUAUUCAUUGCAUUUGACUGCAGCUUUACUGGAGAAUGAGUGCCAAAUCUUGCAGAAGAGAAUAGGGAUUCUCAAUGAACUCCAUCAUGAGAAUGACAGAACUCAGACAGACUACAAACAGGGCCAGAAAGAACAGAAACCAUCAGAAGCAGAGAAAGUAAGAACUCAUAAGCAGAAAACAAAAGAAAUGGAGGGUACACUUUCAAAAGGAGACAACUUUUAUAGGAAGCUGGAUAUUUGUCAUAGUAAGAAAUCUCGCAAUAACCAGCUCAAUUUUCGUAUUGCAAGAAGAGGUCUUGUGAGAGAAAAGAGGUCAGCCAGCAGACCAAGAUAG